CUCACAGAGCCUAUCUUAUUUUUUUGUAGCAACGAAAAAAAUUGGAAGUUUAUUUUUCUUGUUUCAAUUUGCCGUUAAUUGUCGCAUUUUUUUACUCUCAUACGCAUCAUUUGAAGCAACAGACUGACAAGCAUAAAGACAUGGCAUUUGCAGGAAUCUCGCGCACCUGGUCUGCCAACUCUAUUGAGCUUGUGAACCGUCUGCGCGAGCAGCAAAAGUAUUAUGCGACUGUUAAUGAUAUUAUCGUGAUGGAUCGCAUCAAGGACUUGGAGCUUGGUGACUCGCUGUCACUUAACCAGGUUACAGAGCUUGGAUCGCAUGACUACACGAUUAAGGGACAACCCAUGGUCGACCCCAGUCUAUUUAAAAUUGAGGCAACGGUGAUUGAGCACCCGGACGGCAAGCUGUUCACUGUUACGAAAAAGAAGCAGCGCACGGCUCACCACAAAACAACAUACCACCGGAACCGCUACACUAUGCUUAGAGUGGCUAAGAUUGAUGUUAACAAGUUUUGAAGAGUGUCAACAAAUAUAAUACAUGCGAUAUACAAAAAAGCAAUUGACCAGCU